AUGUCGCCGCUUCAGUCCAAGAGCAUCGUCGAGGACUUCAAGUUCAGUCACGACGUCGACCUCAAGCUCGCUGGGCACUCGUCCGCUAGGGCAGAGAUUGCGUCGAAUACUGGCACCAUUGAGACCAGCGAUGAUCACUCGCACGCCUCUCCCGUCAAGGCUGUGGACAUCGACAUUCGCUCGGAAUUUGAACGUGCCUCAAUGCGAGUCGUAUACCGCCAUCUGACUUACGAGGUGAAAGGCGGCAAGCCCUGGUGGAAGAAGGUUGCGACUUUCGAUUGGAAGAAGUCGACAACCAAGCGCAUCCUCGACGAUGUGUCAAUCAGGGCCCCUGCCAAGGGAAUGACUGCCAUUCUUGGUCCAUCUGGUUCAGGCAAGUCGACUCUACUGGAGGUCAUGUCAUUCCGCAGAAAUGGAUACCAGCAUGGCGGAAAGUGCUACGUCAACGAACAGGAGGUCCAACCGUACCAGAUGGCUGUUCUUGGCGCGCUCGUUGAGCAGGACGACGAUCACUUUGGCGUCCUGACCGUGAGGGAGACAAUCGCGUUUGCUAUGAAACUCGCCGGAAGGUAUGAGGUCUCUCAACUGGACAGGAUCAUUGAGGAAAUGGGUCUCUCGUCUUGUCAAAACGUCAGGAUUGGAAACGCAAUUCAAAAAGGCAUUUCUGGUGGCCAAAAGCGGCGGCUUACGGUUGCCACCGCCCUCGUUACUUCCCCCAAGAUCUUGUUCCUAGACGAACCCACAAGUGGACUUGACUCGUUCACAUCAAAGCGCGUUAUCGCCUGCAUAAGGGAUUACGCAUACAAGCACGACAUUGCGGUCUUCGCGUCGCUUCAUCAACCAUCCGUGGCCCUUUGGGAACAUUUUGAAGAAAUUGCGGUUCUUGACAAGGGCCGGCUUGUCUUCUUGGGGACCAUGAUCGACGCAGAGAACUUCUGCAGGGACAACAUGUUGCUCCGGAAAUAUGACAACCCUGCCGACAAGUUAAUUGAGAUGGUCUCUGGAAUCAUCCCCAUCGUCAAUAAUAAAGCUCCUGCUGUAGCUAUGCGCGAACACUAUGAGCUUUCUCUACUCGGGAAAGAGAUGGAGACUGUGCGAUACGGUUCGGCAACUCUUCACACUGGCGACCUUGUCAAACGGAGAGGAAUCUCGCAUCAAUUCAACGUUAUCGCCGUUCUGUUUGAUCGGCUGCUCACCAACUACUCUCGGAACCUGCUUGCGUUUGGAAUUCGAAUGGGAAUGUUCCUGGGAAUGGGAGCAAUGCUGGCCCUUAUCUGGAUCAAUCUCGCCAGGGUCGAUGACAGGAUCAAUGACAGGCUGUCGAUCCACUUCUUCUCCGUUGCUUUUCUGUCCUUCAUGAGUGUAGCCGGGAUUCCGUCUUUCAUCGAGGAACGGUCGGUUUAUGUUCGAGAGCGUAGAAACGGACUUUAUGGCCCUCUCCCUUUCCUUUUGGCCAACACAUUUGUGCUCAUUCCAUUCGUCUUUGGCUGCGCUCUAAUCUUCAGCAUCAUCAUCUACUGGUCCAUUGGUCUCCACCCCGGGGCGGGACACUUUUUCCGAUUCCUCUCCUUCCUCUUCCUUGCUCUCUUGGUUGCCGAAACCCAAUCUAGUCUGAUUGCGGCCAUCGUGCCCAUCUUUGUUGCUGCGCUAGCCUUGACCGCCUUCGUUAAUGGUUUCUGGAUGUGUGUUCAAGGCUUCUUCAUUCGAGGCCGGUCUCUGCCGAGGUUUUGGUACUACAGCUUCCACUUCAUGGACUACCAAACUUACGCUUUCGAGAUCCUGGCCAAGAACGACCUGGUCGGGGUUGUGUUCAAAUGCCGCAACUUCUUCCCGGGAAGCACCACAGACUGCAAUUGCGUGUACCCAGCAUCACAGGAGACAAUCGACAUGUACGGAAAAUGUGCUGUGACGGGACAGGACGUCAUCGACUACCUAGGCUUUGGCGGAAUUUCUGUCACUGGGUACGCUUUCAUUCUUCUGGGCAUCUUCGUUCUCUACCGCUUCUUCCUCUACAUCGCCCUUCGUUACACUGGCAAACUGUGA